CUGGCGGCGCGCGCAGCCUGAGCCGGGAGGGGCACCUGCCUCCGCGUCCGACGGUCCCCGCCCCUUCAGGUGUCCAGCUCAAGUAGCGGGCACUGCGGCUCUGCACAGUGGCCCGGGAGGACUGGUGCGGAAGGAAAAUGCAGCUCCUGGGAUUGGCGGCCUGUUUGGUCCUUGGGACCCUGCGUUCUGAGGUGUCCGGAGACAGUCUGGCAGAUCUGGAUCCGGAGACAAAUAUGAAUGUGAGUGAAAUUAUCGUUCACUGGGGUUUCCCUAGUGAGGAGCACUUCAUCGAGACAGAAGACGGAUAUAUUCUUUGCCUUCACCGUAUCCCUCACGGGAGGAAGAACAAUUCUGCCAAAGGUCUUAAGCCAGUGGUGUUCCUGCAGCACGGCCUUCUGGCAGACUCUAGUAACUGGAUCACAAACCUGCCCAACAGCAGCCUGGGCUUCAUUCUGGCAGACGCCGGUUUUGACGUGUGGAUGGGGAACAGCAGAGGGAACACUUGGUCUCGGAAACACAAGACUCUUUCAGCUUCCCAGAGUGAAUUCUGGGCUUUCAGUUAUGAUGAAAUGGCAAAUUAUGACCUACCAGCUUCAAUUAACUUCAUUCUGAAUAAAACUGGCCAAGAACAAGUGUAUUAUGUGGGUCACUCUCAAGGCACCACGAUAGGUUUUAUAGCAUUUUCACAGAUUCCCGAGCUGGCCAAGAAGGUUAAAAUAUUUUUUGCCCUGGCUCCUGUGGCUUCAGUCGAGUUCUCUAAGAGCCCACUAACUAAAUUAGGAGAAUUGCCAGAAUUUCUCUUCAAGGACUUGUUUGGGGUCAAAGAAUUUCUUCCCCAGAAUACGCUUUUGAAGUGGCUGGGCACACAUAUUUGCAACCAUGUCAUUCUGAGGGAGCUCUGUGGAAAUGCCUUUUUUGUUAUCUGUGGAUUUAACGAGAAGAACUUAAACAUGUCCAGAGUGCCCGUGUAUGUAGCACACUCUCCUGCCGGAACCUCUGUGCAAAACAUGCUACACUGGGACCAGUUUAUUAAAUCCCGGAAGUUCCAAGCCUUUGACUGGGGUAGCAGUGCCAGGAAUUAUUUCCAUUACAACCAGACUUAUCCCCCGCCUUACAGCGUGAAGGACAUGCCGGUGCCCACGGCCGUCUGGAGCGGGGGCCAGGACUCACUGGCGGACGUCAAGGACAUCAGCGUCUUACUGUUGCAGAUCACCAACUUGGUAUACAACAAGUUCAUCCCGGAAUGGGAGCACCUGGACUUUAUCUGGGGCUUGGAUGCCCCUUGGCGGCUCUAUAAUGACAUAGUGGAUCUGAUAAGGAAAUACCCGUGAGAGGCCACGGGAGGGGACCAUGCAUUACAGUGUGCGCGCUUCCCUUCUCUGAAAGGGCUG